AUGUCGUCAAAUGCUGCGACUGCUUUAUCGUUGGGUGGUGAAAGAAUAAGUGGAGAAAGUGUGCGUAAGCAAAAUGUUAUGGCUGCGGUUUCUAUCGCAAACAUUGUAAAGUCUAGCCUCGGUCCUGUCGGCUUAGAUAAAAUGCUGGUUGAUGACGUCGGGGACGUCACUAUCACAAAUGACGGGGCAACUAUUCUAAAACUUCUCGAUGUGGAACAGCCUGCAGCGAAGGUCUUAGUGCAACUUGCACAACUGCAGGACGACGAAGUUGGUGACGGUACAACAAGCGUUGUUAUUUUGGCUGCUGAGCUUUUGCGUAAUGCAGAUGAAUUAAUUGCUCAGAAGAUUCACCCGACUACGAUUAUGAGCGGGUAUCGACUUGCAUGUCGCGAGGCUUGUAAAUAUAUUCAAAGUAAUCUUGUUUUGGAUUCGGAGGCCCUUGGCAAGUCUUGUCUGAUCAACGCAGCUAAGACAUCGAUGUCUAGUAAAUUGAUAACAUUGGAUGCAGAAUUCUUUGCAAAUAUGGCUGUGGAUGCAGCUCUCGCUGUCGCUGUACCUGACGGCCGUGGGGGGUUUGUUUAUCCCACCAAAGCCAUUAACGUUUUGAAGGCACAUGGUCGUUCGAUGAGAGAGAGUAUGCUUAUUAAUGGCUAUGCUCUUAAUUGCACCAUUGCUUCACAGCAAAUGCCACGACAAAUCAAGAAUGCAAAGAUUGCCUUCCUCGAUUUCAACUUGCAAAAGGUCAAGUUAAAACUCGGCGUUCAGGUGCUUGUAAGCGACCCCGACAAACUCGAAGAGAUACGUAAUCGUGAGGCAGACAUCACUAAGGAGCGGAUACAAAAGAUACUUAAUGCCGGUGCCAAUGUUGUUUUCACAACUGGUGGUAUCGAUGAUCUUUGUAUGAAGUACUUCGUUGAAGCCGGUGCUAUAGCUGUAAGGCGGUGCAAGCGUGUUGACCUAAAGCGCAUCGCCAAGGCUACUGGUGGCCAGCUCAUCGUGACUAUGUCAAAUAUGGAUGGUGAAGAGACCUUUGAGCCAUCAUUCAUUGGCGAGGCCGGUGAAGUUGUUCAGGAGCGUAUUUGCGAUGAUGAGCUAAUUCUCGUGCAUGACCCGAAGGUUAGGUCUGCAGCCAGCAUCAUCCUUCGCGGCGCCAACGACCAUUACGUUGAUGAGAUGGAGCGUUCGUUGCACGAUGCACUUCAGGUUGUAAAACGAGUGCUGGAGAGCAAGUCUGUUGUGCCGGGCGCUGGCGCUUGUGAGACAGCUGUCUCUAUAUUUUUAGAAAACUUUGCAAUGACGAUGGGUUCUCGCGAACAGUUAGCUGUCGCCGAAUUCUCCCGCUCUAUGUUGGUUAUUCCAAAACAGCUAGCAGUGAAUGCAGCGCUCGAUAGUACUGAUCUCGUCUCACGUCUACGUGCGUGCCACAACACGAGCCAGAUGAAGCCCGAAAAUGCAGAUAUGAAAUUCUGGGGACUUGACUUGCAAAGAAAUUGUAUUUCAAACUGCAAGGAUCUUGGCAUUUUCGAGCCGCUAGUGUCGAAGAUCAAAAGUUUGAAAUUCGCUACAGAAGCAGCGAUCACAAUUCUGCGCAUUGAUGAUCUUAUCAAAUUGAAGGAGGAGAAACCAGUCGACGAACACGAUCGAUAA